AUGCAGACACAUGAAGUCGAAAAUGAUGUUAAGCAACGAGAAUCAAGUCGGUUGGCUUGGGCACAAUCGUCGUGUACUCGAUGGAUUUAUCUGAUAUUUUUCAGUUGGGCAACACCAAUCCUUUCGCUAAGCAAUCGGCGUACGAUUACCAGUAACGAUUUCAGUGAUCUUGCUAUCAUCGAUAAAUCCUCUUCAUCAUUAAAUCGCGUUGAAUCGUUUAUUUCAACAUGGCCUGGAACGUGGCACGUUAUUCUUCGAACAUUUUUCAACGAUUACAUUCCCACUCUUCUACUUCUAUUUCCAUACAUUGCAGUUCGCCUUGCACAACCUUGGUUAAUCCGCGAACUCGUUCUCUACAUUCAAGGUCAAUCAACUCUACCAGUAUAUGCAGCUUAUCUCUAUACUGCUACUUUAUGUGCAGCUGCAAUUCUAUAUGGUAUCAUCCAUCAACACAUUGAAUUUCAAAAUACACGCGUUGGAAUGCGUGUGCAAACUGCCUUGUCAUGUGCCAUUUAUAAGCAUCUAUUAACUGUCAGUACGGUCGAGUUUCAUAAAAAUACUACUGCUCAAGUAAUCAAUCUAGUUGCAAAUGAUACAAGCAAAUUUCAAGAGCUUGUGUUUUUCGCCUAUGCUCUCAUAUUAUCACCUUUGGAAGCCGUUUCGGCAUUUAUUUUAAUCUGGUGGUAUAUUGGAGUUCCGACGUAA